GGCCAAAGUUUCGACAGCAUCCAAAUCACCCUCAUGAUCCCAUAAUUUGUCUAGAUAUGCCUUCCUCCAACACAAAAAUGUCCCCAGUGAUCCUGUGAAUGUAUCGCCUUGACCACCACUUCGCUUCAGGCCCCCCUCGAUAUCGCUUACAUAAGUCUUGUCCCCAUUCGAAAUGUAAUCCUCCUUUCCUUUUUGCACAAUAGUAACCCCCCCAAAAGCGAUCGCCAAUUUCUCUGCAGCCACUCCAUUCUCAAAUUUCGAAGGAUCUAUUCCUUUGCUCUUGCACAGUCUUCCGAACUCUACAACAUUGGGCGUCAAUACACACUCCCUAUAUCCUUGUACUAACUCCGGUCGAGUUUGUGCGAGGUUCAAUCCAUCUGCGUCCAGCACAAUUGGCAUACUAUUUUUCCUCGCUGCCUCAAUCACCAUUGCGCAUGUAUCCUGCAUCAUUUUGUCUCUUCCUAGUCCAGGCCCAAUGACUAGGACGUGUAAACGGGGAAGCAUGUCUAUAAUCGAUUUUGCGGCCUUCUCGUGGUUGUUGGCGCUGGUGGCAUGGGUGGAUUGGCGCAUUAAUGGAUGGACCAUGAGAUUGGGAGAGUAAGUUUUGAUGACUUGUGCUGCUUGAGGUUCGCAAAUGACGUGGCUCUGCAGAGUGAAGGAGAGGUUAGCUGAGGCUAUAGGGGAAUGGAGGGGCAGAGGGGUAAAGACCAUGUCUGCGCCGAGCUUUGCGGACGCUAUUGCUGAGAAGUAAGGUGCUCCUGUAUAAUCCUCGCUACCCCCUAUGACUGCGAUUCGUCCCAUCUGGCCUUGUAUUGUCCAUCAGCAAUGUGAUAGCAACCAGACUGGAGUGGUGCUACCUUUGUGAAAUUUGGCUAGCAUUGGAGGCACCAACUUCCGGACUUUGAGAAGGGUAUCUCUGGUAGCCUUUGACAUCUUGACGUCUUCUUGUGACAUUGGAAUGGUUUGGUUGAGUUAUCCACGCGGAGGAAAGUAUUAGAGAGCUCUAGAUCUGUUUUCAAGAAGCUCGUGGUUUGGGUAGAGUGGUGGUCAUUGGAUAUCCCAUGAUGUCACAUCAAACGCUCCGAGAUAAGCCCUUUGAGGGGGUGGGGGAAAGCUACCUACCUUAAAUAAUAUUGUAUCUGUAUAUCAAGUAUAAAAGAUACCGGUAGAUUAGAACCGGUAGGUACCUACAUCUAACAUAUAACAAUACGAAAUAGGUGAAAUUACGCUUCAAUCCAUAUUCCUAGUUUGACGAAUCACGAGACCACGCGCCGAGGAGUCAGGGCAACGCCAACCUGGCUUCCCCGCGUCUUCUGAAAUCUGGUUCAAACACCGCAAACACCACACACAUGAAAUGCCUCCAUGACAGACCUUACAUCUGUUCUUCCUGCAUUUCCCACCGACCAGUAUGUGCGCCUUCUACCGUCGCUCGAAAAGAACAAGGUCACCACCGCAGACCUCAUCACCCUGGAUUGUGUCGAGGUAGCAAAACGCGCUCAAUUGCCAUUGCUGGACGUGAAGAGACUAUGCAAUGCCGUUCUCGUGGCAUUACAGGUCGAUCUAGGGACCAGCGAAACACGAGAUGAGGAAGCUCCAAAAGUCGAGUCAUCAUUGAGGAAAACAGGCAAUGACCUAUUGCAGAAGUGGAGUACAAUCAGUACACUGGAUGAUGAUCUGGACCGCGCAUUAGGAGGCGGGAUUCCAACCGGUUAUAUCACAGAAGUCACUGGCGAAAGGUAUCCUCUGCUCCUUAAAUACUCGAAGUAAAAACUCACAGUGUUGUUAGCGGCGCAGGUAAAACCCAAUUCCUUCUUACUCUCCUCCUUUCCGCCCAACUUCCAGCUCCUUGCGGACUCUCGUGCACAACCCUCUAUAUAUCCACCGAAUCUGCCCUCCCGACCACACGACUCUCUCAGCUUCUUCGUAGCCACCCUUCCAUCUCUUCUAUAACACCGAGACCAACAUUGGAUUCCAUACACUGUAUAGUAGUUUCCGACCUCGAAGCCCAAGAUCACAUCCUCCGUUUUCACGUCCCUGUACAGACACGAGCGCGUUCUAUUCGACUCAUAAUUCUCGAUUCGGUAGCUGCAAACUACCGCGCGGAACUUGAGAGACCAGGCGCGAGUGGAAUACAAACACAUGGAGCAAACAUGGCGCAAAGAUCUUCAGAUCUGGUAAAACUAGGACAAUUACUUCGAGAUCUUGCAAGGGAACACAAUAUAGCUGUGGUGGUCGCUAACCAAGUCGCCGAUCGAUUUUCCGCUUAUGGGGGUGGAGGAAGCAGCACGGGCGGAGGUACACCAAGAAUCGAAAGAAAUGCUACACAGAGCAGUCCACUUGCAAGAAGAAGUGGACCUGCUUCUUCCAUUGCUGCACCGCCUGAUUCUAGCGGGAUUCCAGUUCCUUCACAAAGACCAUUUUCGACAACUCCAGAUCCCCUUUCUCUGGAUCACCAGCAAAGAUGGUUUACAGGCUGGGGUGAUGAUACUUCUCCAUACUCAGUGAUCUCCAAGAAUAUGAAAACCCCGGCACUAGGCCUCAUAUGGACCACCCAAAUUGCUUGUCGUGUAGCAUUGAUUAAAAGGCCCGUUUAUGGGAGGAAAGUUGUAGUUGAAGAUGAAGAUAGUGGGCCGACUUUGAAGAGAUGGAGGAGGUGGAUGAAAGUCGUAUUCGCGCCUCACGUCAGUGAGACUGGGUCUGGCCUGGGAGGAGCUGUCGAAUUUGAGAUUACAGGGAGUGGGAUGAAGGCUGUAAAAAAGAAUUUUGAUGGUGCGGGAACUGAGUACGGGGACGGCGAGGAGGAAGUAGAGUUACCGUUGGGGACGAAUUGA